GUACUAGAGACCGGUUUAAUUUUCACUCCAUUGCAAAAAAAGAGAAAGAGAACUUCAACUCUUGAAAAAAAGUUGAAUUUAAAUAGUUAAAUAAAAUGCCCUAAACAGUUGUUUUUUCAUUAAAAAGUGCUAUUAAUCAGUUCAGUUUAUCAUGUUUUAUCCGUUGACUUUUCAAAAUGAUCAUCAUCAUCAUCAUCAUCAGAAUGAGCAGCAACAAGGACAUAUACAAAUUCCGUUGCCCUUGCAUCUUGACACUUCCAACAGCCGUACAAAUCACGUUCCUCUAAAUAGCACAUCUGUGUCUGUAUCAGCAGCUGAUAGCCGAUCAAUGAUACUAUCAUUGGAAAACAACGUUAAUGUGGUGUCCAACAUCAUCAGAGACUCUGAGAAUUUGGUAAAAAUCAAGUGCGGUCAAUGCCGGAAGCGCUUUGAUACCAAUGAAGAAAUGGUUGCCCAUCAAGCAAAACAUUUGACUGAAUCCAAGUAUAAGUGCGAGCUUUGCGGAAAACAUUUUCCGAGUCAGAGCAGUGUAUGGAAGCAUACAAAAGCGCAUUCUGGCGAGCGGCCCUUUGUUUGUUCUAUUUGCAACAAAGCUUUUACGCAACUGGCAAACUUGCAGCGUCAUAAUUUGGUUCAUAAUGGUCUCAAACCAUACAAAUGUCCAACAUGCCAAAAGGCAUUCAGUCAACAUGCUAAUAUGGUUAAACAUCAGAUGUUGCAUACUGGCGAAAAGCCAUUCAAGUGUAAAUCUUGUGAUAAAGCAUUUGCCCAACGUGCAAAUUUAAAGAAGCAUGAGAUGAUUCAUUUGGGAAUUCGACCUUAUGGAUGUAACAUUUGUUUGAAGUCCUACUCUCAGCAAUCAAAUUUGAAAAAGCAUAUUUUAACGCAUCAGAAGAAGAAUGGGAAAAAUGGAAAGAAUACUCUCCCAGUUCUGCCACCUACCUCGACUGCCAAUUAUAUAAUUUACCAGUGCAACAUUUGCAAGCAAGAAUUGGCAGAUAUAAGUGAUUUCAAUAAGCAUAUUAAGAUUUGCAAUUUGAAUCCAAUGAACAAUCCGCACUUGGGUCAUCAUCAAUCGAAUGGGGGUGUGCAUGCAUUACACAAUGCCCUGUCUGCUGUAGCUGCUUCAGUAGAACCCAAAAAAGAAUCAAUUGAAAUUAAAACUGAGACAAUUGAUGAAGGCUCGAACACAAAUACGCCACCAGUUAUGUCACACUUACAGCAGCAUUCAAAUAUGCAACACAACUCUCAAGUCAGCAACCAUCAACCUCAGGCUAUUGCCGCAGCUCAUCAUCAAAUUUUGACAACAAAUGGACACAUCAUUACAAACUUCUUAGAUUUAAAUAGUCAUCAUUUGCAUCAUCUUGAUUAUGGCAAGCAUUAAAGUGCAUGCAACCUUUUUUCCUGCACUUUCAUAAAUGAAAUCGAGCAAAAGAAGCAAAAAAAAAAUUGAAGAAAAAAAAAAUGAAAAAAAAAGUAAGAAUAAGAAGAAUUAACAAAAACGUGAGCGAUAUUAUGCAACAAUUGAAUGAAUGAGAACAAUCUUAUUUACUUCUUCUUCGUCGUGUGUUUUCAAAUAAUUUGUUUUCGUCAUAAUUCGCAAAAAAAAAAAAUUAAGAAAAAAUUAAUAAUAUAAUAUUUAAAUGAUCCAUGUGCACACAUAUA